AUGGUUCUGAUUCUCCGAGUUGAUCAUCUGUAUCCGCUCUUUCUAGCAUUUUGUAUCGGGAGUCGCGAAGUUGGUGCGCAAUCUUCAACGGCAUUGUUUGCUGGCGAUUAUCCGGUUAUCGCAUAUGCGAUUGGCUCAACUGCAAAUGUCGUCACUACGUACUUGGUAGCAUGCCCCGCAGGUUCAGAAACCUCGACAUGUAAUUUUCAACAACCAUACAUUUUAAGACAGGGACCUUCGACCGUUCAGUUAGCAAUGGCAUUUCCUGGUUCUACGACAAUUGAUCUACGCUGCACACUUUCUGGAUCCUCUUCAAUGGCCUGUGCUGCUACCGAAUCAAAUCCAGGCUCUACUAAGAGCGCGACGACAAUCGUCACCGGUGAUGUAGCUGCUGCAAGAUUUCGUGCAAUUUCGAUCGUUACGAAUUCUGCGGAUUUACUUACGUAUGCUGCGGGUAUGACUACCGCAUCAGAUUCAAGCGCGACAUCGAGCUCUAGCGCGGGCGUAUCAAAAACAAGUUUAGCUACAAGUAUAGCUAUUACGUCUACGCCAAUCUCGAGUGAUGCAAGCCGUGAGACCGCUGUUGGCACUAUCAAACCAAGCACGAGAAGUUUAUUGGCAGGGACUGCGAGUCCUUCACCUACAUUGUUAAGUGUGAGUUGGUCGAGUAGUACCCCUACCAUUACGAGUGUUGCUUCGGAAAGUUCUACAGGAGGUGCACUGGGUGCUGGAGUAAAAAACGGUGCUAAUCAUGGAUUAUUGGGAGUCAUGGGCAUAAUUGGAGUAGGGGUUUUGGGGUUUUGA